AUGGAAGGAGAUCGGCUGCCUGAAGAGAGCGUGAUACUCCAGCAAGACCCUUCCCGUGCGUCGGUGUACCAGCAGGACGUGCUUCGCUGGGCGCGCGCUGCACGCCUGGCGGGCAAGGGCUUGGAAGCCAUCGGCGAUGGCUCAGUGGUCAACGGCGGCCAGGACAUCGAUGCCUCUAAGGACGACAGUGCUGAGGCGGCAGCGCAGGCCGCGCUGCGCUCCUCGAGUUCCUAUGGGCGGCAAGCGGAGCGGUUGCGGCCCAUCCAGCGGUUCUUCGCCCUGUGCCUGGUGGCUAUGACCAAGGCGAGCCUCUCUCGCAUGUCCGACUCCCGAGAGCGCCUCAUUGAGCUCAUGGAUUCCCUGGACUCCUACACGGCGCAGGCCAUUUGCGAGGCGAUCCUGGAGCUGCUGACGUUGCCGAAGAACAUUGGGCUCUUCUCCAAGAGCAGCAUCGACAAGACGCUCAUGAGCCGCCGGCCCAGCAUCCGCACCGUGCUUUUCGCCCAAGUGGCCUAA